UUUUUAACUUUUUCUUUGUUAGGAACUUAUUAGUCAAUAGGUUUCUUUGUAGGUAUCGACGAGAUAUACAGAGGUGGGGAGACAAUCCUUCUUUUUCUAUUUAUUUCUAUAGAGAAACCACAUUUUUUUUUAGAUUCAGAUUCUUCAGAUCUUCUCUUCUCGGUUUCAUCGAUUCUCUCUCCCUCUCCCUCCCCCUCUCCCAACGCCAUUUCCUGAAUGCUUCCUGUUCUGAUUUGAAGAUAGAAUCGAUUCAGUGUGAUCUCCUUGAUUUAUUUGUUUUUCUCUGAUUUGUUUCGCAAUUUAUCAGUUUCCAGAGGUUUCAAUAAUCGAAGCUUCUAUUUAUCAAGUGUUGUCGUUCGUUUGACUUCAUUUUCUUUUCGGUUCUUCAAUGGCAUCGUUCUCUGUAUCGUGCCCCCACUCUUCUGCGUUUUCUGUCGGCGGAUCGCAACCACAGAAUCCGCAGCAGUCGAAGGUCUUCUUCCUUCCGGCUUCAACAUCAACUCCACCAUCUUCAUCAUUGCUAGCUGGAUCUGCGGCUCUUCUGAGACUUCAGGGGCCUUCGCAGAGUCGAUCAGCAGUUUGCAAGGUUGCCAUUGAAAAACCAUCAAAUUCAGCUCCAUUAUUUGAGACCAAGUUAGAAGUUCCAUCAUCUGGGGUGAAAGAUGAGCCAGAAAAGCCUGCUCCCCAAAAUUCAGUUGCAGAUGCAUCCUCCAUUUCCGCAUUCUUGGCUCAAGUUUCCGACCUUGUGAAGCUUGUGGACUCACAAGAUAUUAUGGAGCUUCAGCUGAAGAAUCAAGAUUGCGAGAUCAUAAUAAAGAAAAAAGAAGCUUUGCCUCAGCCUCCAGCUGCACCUCCUGUUUACAUGAUGCCCCCUUCACCUCAAGCUAUGCCAUCUCAAGUGCCACCAGCUCAGUCUUCUGCUCCCAGAUCUCUUGCUCCAGCAGUCCCUGCCCUCCCUGCUCCUGCAAAGAGGAGCAAGUCGUCCCACCCACCUAUGAAAUGCCCCAUGGCUGGAACCCUCUAUCGGGCUCCUGCACCUGGUGAACCACCAUUUGUGAAGGUUGGAGAUAAGGUCAAGAAAGGCCAGGUUGUCUGCAUUAUUGAGGCCAUGAAACUGAUGAAUGAGAUCGAAGCUGAUCAAUCAGGAACCAUAGUUGACAUACUGGUCGAGAAUGGAAAACCAGUUAGUCUGGACACGCCUCUAUUUGUCAUUGAGCCUUGAAGUAGGUGAAUCCUCGCUAAGUUACAAGUUGGUACUCAAUUAAUAGAUUCCUGUAUUCAUGCCUGAAAUUUUGGCUCUUUUCUUUUUCCCGGUUUGUUGGAUAGAAUUAUAUUUAUUAAUUAGUUAAUAAAGAUCACAAAUGCUAAAAAUGCUAUUUUUCUUAAUCAAACUAGGGUUAUUUAUCAAAACAUCACUGGAGAUCUUUCUGAAAUGUAGAACUGUAUCCUAAGAAGCAUUGACGGGAGGAGUAUCUGUCUGGAUACUAUGUGGUUGGCCAUAUACAAACAGCACUCAGAGUACCACAUGGACUGAAAUGGUUUAAUUUCUUUGCUCUAUGACUAUUGCUUCAAGUAUAUGGUCUUCACCAGAAAUGUAUUCAUUUUUCAGCACUCACCAAAAUUCAAGUAAAUCUAUUAUCCUAGUAAAGAGGCAGUUUCAUGCA